AAGUGCAAUAAGCCGCGGACUACUGGCGAAUGGAAAUGUAAUAUUCUACCUCCGUAGCCCGCCGUCCACCCUCUCCAACCGGCAUUUCGUAACUUAGUCGCCUACAGUAGUUGUUGUAGUGAUUGUUGUCUAACGUAACGUCUACCAAGUACCAAGUACCAAGUACCAACAGUACAAACCAAAUUAUUAACUAAUAUCUCGUGUUAUACGUCCGCUCUAUAAUUUAAAAUUAUUUAGUGUGCACUUACACGUUUCGGUAAUAAACAAUUAUUAUUGUGCGUUGUAGUUGUACCUACUCUAUUUUCGCGAUGGAUAACGAAAACACGUUCGACAAAUUACCCGUUGAAAUGAUAUCACACAUAUUUGAAUUCUUAAAAUUAAAACACAGAAAAGUUGCAUCGACUGUUUGUUGGUCAUGGUAUCAUGUGUCUAUUCAGCCAAGGUUCUUAAAUAAAGAAGUUAUAUGUUUAAAAUACAUGAAUAAUGUGCAUGAUGUGCUCAACAUAUACACAAAAAGCUUGCGGCCUUAUUUUGCAUUUAGAAUAUUGAGUCGUAAAAAAAAAACUGAAGAUGAUGCAGUAGAUUCGACAGAAAAAGAUUGUUGGGAUUGGAUAUACACCAUAUGGCCAUUGUUGGCGCCUAAAGUAACUUAUCUAGAAUUUUUUGAUAGAGUAAAAAUUAAAGACGGAAUAUUACCUGCGUUAUUAAGCGUAACUCCACAGUUAAAAGUAUUGAAAAUUCGUCGUGUUAAGUGCAAUUAUAAAAAAAUACUUCAUGAAGUAAACAGACUUCAAUCACUAGAAGAACUAGAGAUAGAAUAUAGUCAUACAUUCGACCAUCCUGAAGAUGAUACAAAAUUGUUGGGAGUAAUUCCAGAAACUCUUCGUAAGCUUUGUGUGAAGUCUUUAUCGAACGAGAAUAAGUUUAUUAUAGAAGAUUUAAUCAAAGUAAUUACAUUUUGUUCUUCUCACCUUCAAAGCCUUGAGCUUUUAGAUGUAAAUAUGACAUAUGAAAUGAUGCAAUCAAUGGUGAACCUUAAUAUGAAUCUGAGAAAGUUUGACUUAUGUAUAGUAAAUCCUAUAGAUUGUGCUCGUGUGCCAAAAAUAAUAUCACUAUUACUUAAAACACAAUGGCCGUUAGUUGAUUUGAGAUUACAUGCUAGUUGUUUUGCCUAUGACCAUGUGUCUGAUAUUAUGGAUACCUUCAAAGACCUAGAAAAAUUAUUAGUAUCCGGUAGAUCUGAAAGUGAAACCUUGGCUGGAAUUACUGGAUCAUCGUUUGAAAGUCUAUCAAGAUUAACAAAGUCAAUCAAUUCACUAACAAAGUUGAAACAUCUUUUUAUCGGAGUUGAUAGAUAUUAAGGAGCAUAUGCAACCAAUUUAAAUUGAACAAAUGUUGAAUUUGAAAAUCAAUGACUAUAAUAUACUAAUUACUUGAUCUAGUGAGAGGAUAUGCUGCAGUUGAAUGUCAGUCAGUCCUGCAUAAUUCUACAAGACACUGCCAUAGUGAACCAAUAUUCAAUUGUGUGGAUUGCAUGGGUCUGAUUUCUGUUGGACCGUGACAAGUUCUUUCGCUGGAUAGUUUAAUUUCUUUGUACAUUAUUUAAUUAUGACUGAUUUGAAUAAUUUGUGUAAUUAAUAAUUAAAAUUGCGUCAAGAUUGAAGCUUUACAUUGUAUAUAGAAAUUAAUGUGAGACGGUAUAAUUUAUAUAAUUGUUGAAAAUCAAAUUAAAUGAAACGUUUGAAUUAAAUUUAUCAUUAUUUAAAAAUAAUA